AUGUUUUCUUUGAAGACUGCAGCAAACAAGAUUGCUCUUCCUGCUACUCGUAUUGCCUCUCGUAGAUGUGCUUCUACUUGCGCUACCAGAACAGCUAUGAUGUCCACACGUAUGGCUCUCAAUGCUGGUAACAAGUUUGUAAGUACAUAUACAGUCAGUAAAUCAGAAACUGCUAACUUGGUUCGCAGCGCUUACAAUGCUGCACCUACCCGUGUUUUUGUUUUCGGUCGUCGUACUAUGGCUACUGAUGCCGGAGGAAAAUUCAGUCGUGGUAAGCCUCACGUCAAUAUUGGUACUAUUGGCCACGUCGAUCACGGUAAGACCACCUUAACUGCCGCUAUCACCAAGUGCUUGGCUGCCAAGGGUAGUGCACAAUUUAUGGAUUACAACCAAAUUGAUAAAGCACCCGAAGAGAAGGCUCGUGGUAUCACUAUUUCUACGGCACACGUCGAAUAUGAAACUCCUAACCGUCAUUAUGCCCAUGUUGAUUGUCCUGGUCACGCAGAUUAUAUUAAGAACAUGAUUACAGGUGCUGCUCAGAUGGAUGGCGCUAUUAUCGUUGUUUCGGCUACUGAUGGUCAAAUGCCUCAAACUCGUGAACAUUUGUUGUUGGCGCGUCAAGUCGGUGUCCAAAAUUUGGUUGUCUUUGUCAACAAGGUUGACCAAGUUGAUGACCCUGAGAUGCUUGAACUUGUCGAAAUGGAGAUGCGCGAUCUUCUUUCAGAAUACGGCUUCGAUGGUGAAAAUACUCCUAUCAUCAAGGGUUCCGCUCUGGCCGCUCUCGAGGGCCGUGAUGAAGAGAUAGGUGAAAAGGCUAUUAAUGAAUUGAUGGCUGCUGUUGACGAGCAUAUCCCUACACCUGUUCGUGAUUUAGAUAAGCCAUUCUUGAUGCCUAUUGAAGAUGUCUUCUCCAUUUCCGGUCGUGGUACCGUUGCCACAGGUCGUGUUGAACGUGGUACAGUACAAAAGGGUCAAGAUGUCGAAAUUGUUGGUAUGGGCCCUACCAUCAAAACUACUUUGACUGGUAUUGAAAUGUUCAGAAAGGAAUUAGACCGUGGUGAAGCUGGUGAUAAUAUGGGUGCUCUUUUGCGUGGUAUUAAGCGUGAGCAAAUUCGUCGUGGCCAAGUCAUGUGCGCUCCUGGCACUGUUAAAUCUCACAAAAAGUUCAUGUCUCAAAUCUAUAUUUUGACCAAAGAGGAAGGAGGUCGACACACUCCUUUCGUCAAUAACUACCGCCCUCAAAUGUUUGUUCGUACAACUGAUGUCACCGUCAGCCUUACACAUCCUGAAGGUACCGAAAAUCCUGAUGAAAAACUCGUCAUGCCCGGUGAUAAUGUAGAAAUGCAGUGUGAAUUGACUCAUGAUGUUGCCCUUGAGGAAGGUCAACGUUUCACCAUCCGUGAAGGUGGUAAGACUGUCGGUACUGGUGUCGUUACGAAGGUCAUUGAAUAA